AUGAGUAAUAGUUUCUUACAAGAAAUAUAAACAUCCUAUCAAAAAACUAUUACAAAAAGCCAAAAUGUCCAGAGAACAACUGAUGUUGAUUUCCAAGAUGCGGUUCAAAGAUAUGAAUUGAGAAGAUCUUCAAAGCCAAAGAAGUAAAUAAUCAAUUAAAAAAAUGGGGUCGUUGAAAAUUAAUAUAUGCAAAUAGCAACAGAUGAUGAUGCAAACAAUUAUAAUUUCCACAGUUCAAGUCAUUCAUAAAGAAUUGUCCAAAAAUACACCAAUAUUAGUAGUGCUAAUGAAGUCCAUAAGUACAAUGUCUAGGAAGUUAGGGAUGAUUAUGAAAGGGGGAAAUGUAUGUUCUAAACAAUGUUUAAUAGCUUUAGGUUAAUUAUCUAAAUCUGAGAAGAGAAACUUUGCAGCUCCCAUGAUUGAAUAUGAAGAAGAAUACACAUAAUAAAAAGGGAGUGUAUUAAAUUAUAAUGCCAUUUAAAGUAAACUUAAAUUGAGUAUUUUAGCUUAAUAAAUUGCAUAUUAGAUUGAUUAUGAAUAAAUAAAAGAAGAUUGUUUAGAUAGGAGUGACCAAUUCAAACGUCCAUAGAGAGAGGACGAUGAAUAAAUAGAAUUAAUGGAUAGCGAUUACGUAUCUUGCCAAUUAUUUUGA